AUGCGAUUUGACGAAAAUACCUCUGACCACAGUAAAAAGAAUUACAUCAAACCCCAUAGAAACAAGAAAAAAAGUAAAGGUUUCAGUUCCACCAAAUGUAUGGACGAAGCCGAUAAGGACUUGAUACGUCGAAAAGUCUAUACCAUGUAUGAAGAGCAACGCAUACCUACAUUAAGAGCUCUGAAGCAACGGCUCAAUGUUGACGAAACCCAAAUAAGCUGUAGCCUCACCAGCUUAUGGAAAAUUUUGAAAAGUAUGGGCUUUCGAUAUCGGAUAAUUGACAAAAGACAAGUAAUUAUGGAAUCUCAUAGAUUACAAAAAUGGCGUUAUGAGUAUAUAACUUCGAUAAGAAAAUUCCGUUCCGAAAAUCAUCCGAUAAUUUACCUCGACGAGACAUGGUUUGACACACAUUCAACGCGACCUAAAGGAUUUGCCGAUCCCUCCGGUAAAUGUAAGACAAAAGCUCCGUCAAGUAAAGGGAAAAGAAUAACGAUUUUACAUGCUGGAUCAGAAAAUGGUUGGGUUCCAAAUGCCCUGUGGCUUUCUGCAAAGGACAUUAAAGACUCCUACGUCGACUACCAUGAAGAUACAACGGCAGAACUUUUUGAAGAAUGGUUCAAAAAUACUCUUAUGCCAAAUAUUCCUCAAAAUAUCGUGAUAGUAAUGGAUAAUGCAAGCUAUCAUAGUCGCCAACCAAGUAAGGCUCCAAACUCUAAUAAUACUAAAUUAGAAAUUCAAAAUUACAUGGAGACUACUGAUAUGUAUUUUGAAGAAUGUUUACCAAACAAGAGCUUUUAG